AUGGCUGAGGAUCCUGUGGCCAAUGCAGAUGCAGCUAUUGCCGAAGGCAUUGACGCUGCCGCCACGAGUGGACGCAGAAGCCCCGAUCCUACCGGUGUUCCCAUCACCAGCCUCGCCAGCUCCAGCUCUCCUUCAAAGCGGUCGAAGCCGGAGCCCGCGGAGAGUGCGGAUGCAGAGCCUCUAGCGCGCGCAGAGCCUGUUUUGGAGCCUUCUGGGGAGCCUUCCGACGAAAGAGCUGAGAGGAGGCCCUCCCGAGCUUCCCGGACUUCCCGGACUUCCCGAACUUCCCGGACUUCCCGGACUCCAUCCAGGACCAACUCUGUUUCGUCGCGGCAGUCGGUCCAUGUCGCUGUGCCUCCCAAUGUGAAGCCGGGGGAAAAGUUUUUUGUUGUGGUGGAUGACAUGGAGUAUGAAGUGGUCGCACCAGAAGGCUCUAUGCCUGGGGAGAUGAUUGCCAUGGACAUCCUGCCAGAUCUACGUUCCUGGGAAUCUCUGAGCACACCUCCUGCGAUACGUGUGUGUCCUGAUCCCGACGAUGCUGCAGGAUGGGCAGGGCUGGAAAGGCUGGAAAGUGGGUCCAAAGGAGACCAGUACGAGGCUUCGGUGGCAGAAUCUGUCGCCACAGAUGCGAGCAUCGUGCAGAUCACUGUGCCAGACGAGUGCAACGCUGGGGAUACCUUCUUCGCCGCAGUCAACGGCUUGGAGUUUGAAAUUCUGGUGCCCAAAGGAAGUAGCCCAGGGGAUGUUAUCACUUUGGAGGUGCCGUCGAAACAUGCCAUUGGAAAGUUUGCUUCGAAUGGAUCUGUGGCUGAUGUGCCGUCCAUUCUCGUACGAGAUACCAUGCCCAGUCAGAGCUCCAGCGAGACGGACCUUUUUGUAGAAGUCUCGGUGCCGGAAAAUGUCGUCCCUGGCCAAACCUUCGUGGCUAUCAUCGACGACAUGGAGUUUGACGUCCCUGUACCCGAAGGUUACGGGCCCGGGGACCAGCUGACCCUGCAAGUGCCUUCUCGGAACUUCUUGAACCCGCUGCCAUCGGAGCUGCAGGAAAUGCGCCAAGAGAUUCAACAAGUGCGUCAAGAGCUCCAAGCAGUUCGGCAAAGCCAGAUCUCACAGAGGCGGGCUGAAGAGGCGGCGCAACAUGUGUCAAAAUCCUCGCACGACUCGAGCUACAUCGAGAUCCUGAUACCGCCAGAUUGCUAUGCAGGAGAUGUCUUCGUCGUUGAAGUGGAUGACGCCGAGUUCGAGAUGGUUGUGCCAGAGGGCUGCAUGCCUGGCGAGGUGAUCUACAUGGACAUGCGCGAGGGCGCGGGGUACCCCGCCAGCGAGCUCAGCAGCGCGCAGAAGAGCGGCUCCAGGCCGGCCUCCGCUGUCAAAAAGAAGAUCCUCCAGGAGCUGGCAAAAGAGCAGCUUGCGCGUGAAGCCGCCGCUGCUCGCGACGCAGCAGCCGCGGCCGCUGCGGCUGCCGACAUCGAGAUUGUGAUACCGCCGGACUGCCACCCAGGAGACAUCUUCGUUGUUGAAGUGGAUGGUGCCGAACUGGAAAUGGUUGUCCCAGAAGGCUGCGUGCCCGGCGAGGUGAUUUAUAUGGAUAUGCGUGAGGGUGCAGGACACGAGCUCAGCAGCGAGCAGAAGAGCCGAUCAAGACCGGCAUCUGCUGUCAAGAAAAAGGUCCUACAGGAUUCUGGCGAAACAGCCGCCUCAACCGCUGCAGCCGGCCCUGACAACAAGGAGGUCCAGGAGAGUGCCAUCCCGGAUGCCCUGCAGGCCUUCGCAGAAGAAAGCUCUCGGGCAUUGGAUGGGGUGACUUCCAGGCUGGAGUCCUUGGAGACGCAGCAACGUGCCAGCGAGGCUGGGCUUGCCACUGCAAAGCGCCUGAACGAAGAGCUGGAAAGCUCUAUACUGCGAAGGCUGGAAGCAUUGGAAGCUGAGCCCAAGAAGGCCGAAGCUGCUGAGCCACCGCGCGAGCAGGAGAGCCUCAACCAGGAGCUCUCGGACACCCAGCGCAUGGUCUUGGAUCUGCAGCGCAAGGUCCUCGCAGACGACAGCUCUCGGGCGCUGGACGGAGUUUCUUCCAGGCUGGAGUCCUUGGAGACGCAGCAACGUGCCAGCGAGGCUGGGCUUGCCACUGCAAAGCGCCUGAACGAAGAGCUGGAAAGCUCUAUACUGCGAAGGCUGGAAGCAUUGGAAGCUGAGCCCAAGAAGGCCGAAGCUGCUGAGCCACCGCGCGAGCAGGAGAGCCUCAACCAGGAGCUCUCGGACACCCAGCGCAUGGUCUUGGAUCUGCAGCGCAAGGAGCUCUCGGACACCCAGCGCAUGCUUCUGGAUCUGCAGCGCAGGGUUCUGCGGAUGGAGAAGGAGCAGGGCCCGCAGCUGGGCAAGGAGAAGUCGCAAAGCAACGAGACGCCUCGCUCUACUGGCGUGGAUGUGGUGGACGUUGCAAUCCCAGACGGAAUUUAUGCAGGAGACGUUUUCUACGCUGAGGUGAAUGGGGUGGAGUUCAAGGUUGUCGUGCCCGAGAACUGCGGGCCUGGAAAGAUUAUUGAGAUGGAGGUGCCUUCUUCACUCACCCGAGAAGGCCUUGAAGCAGUGACCAGCCGCUCCAGCUCUUUGAAGGCCCACGAGCUGCCGGAGCCAGAGAUCGUGGAAGUGGUGAUUCCCGUUGGCGCCUGCGCGGCCGGCGGGUUCAUUGCAACUCUUCACGGGAAGGACUACGAAAUCUCUGUGCCGGAGGGUGGUCGAGAAGGGGACACGAUCGAGAUCGACUUGUCAGGCCUGUCGCAACCAUCAUCACGGAGCUCGCAGGCAUCCAAGAUCUAUGAAGUUGUUGUGCCAGAAUCACUGAAAGCCGGAGAUUUGUUCAUUGCGCAGUUGGAGGGCAAGGACUACGAGAUCCCGGUGCCCUAUAGUUGCCAGGGUGGUGAUGUCAUUGAAGUGGAUGUUUCAGGGUUGUCAGAGCCGCCAUCCUCGCAGCCAGCAUCCACCGCUUCGCAGGAUCCACACACCUUUGGAGUCGUCAUACCACCGACACUGUGCCCAAAUGACUCGUUUACCAUCAUGGUUGAGGGCAAGGAGUUCGAAAUCACAGUUCCGGAGGGCAAGCAAGGUGGAGAUGAGAUCAUGGUUCAGUUCGCAGGCUUGACGCCCCUGAGCAAAAGCAUGCUGCUGCGCAAGGGUACAGACGAAGAGGAGCUCAGUGCCACACCUGAAGGUUCCAUUGUCCACGCGGUGGCUCAGCAAGCUGAAGAUGCUCGGCGGGACGGUCGAAGCAACCAGGAAGUAGCAUCGCAGCCACAAGCUUCCCUACUUUCUGGCAGUGGCGGAGCUUCGCAAGAGGCGCUGAAGGAAGGAUAUCCAGACUCUCCUGACAUGGCGGCUCAUGCUCCUGUAUUGAGACCGGAGGUGGAGAUUCCAUCAGAGGUCGAGGUGAAGCCAGGGCGGCCGGAGGCAUCAGAGGUUCAUGAAGAAGUCCUUCAAGUGCGCGAGGCUGCCCUUGAAAACGCAUGCAUGCAAGCCGAAGAAGAGGCAGAGCGUCAGCGUCUGGAGCAGGAGGCUGAAAGGCUGCGCCGCGAGGAGGAGGAACGCGAAGCUGCCAGAAUAGCUGCUGAGAAAGCGGCAGAAGAGGCAGAACGCCAACGCAUCGAGGACCUUGAACGGCGAGCACAGGAAGAGGCUGAAAGGGCUGCCCGCGAGGAGGAGGCUCGCGAGAAUGCUUGCAUGCAAGCCGAAGAGGAGGCAGAGCGUCAGCGUCUCGAGAACUUGCAGCGCCAAGCGAUGGAGGAGGCUGAAAGGCUGCGCCGCGAGGAGGAGGAACGCGAAGCUGCCAGAAUAGCUGCUGAGAAAGCGGCAGAAGAGGCAGAGCGCCAACGCAUCGAGGACCUUAAGCGGCGGGCACUGGAAGAGGCUGAAAGGGCUGCCCGCGAGGAGGAAGCCCGCAUAAAGCGCGAGGAAGCUGAAAUCAAGGGGAAGGUUGUUGUUUCAGUGACUGUGGUGAAUGACGAAACAGAGGAGUUGAUGGCCAAGGCCUCGUUGAGGCUUGGUUGCAAAGUCCUGGAGCUUGCACAGGUCUGUAUCAGGGAAGCAAGGCUGUCGGUGACUCCUGCCAUUUUCUCCGAGCCCAAGCCAGAGCCCAGAAUGGUGCGUGGAAAAAUGGAAGUGCGCGAACGCUUCGCGUUAAACAGCGAUGAAACCUUGUUGGAAGCUGGCGUCGAGAACAACGCCGUCCUCAGAGCGAAGAUCAGUCCGGCAGUCAUCACAGCAUCCAAGGACUGCACGGCUCGAAUUUGGAACGCAGAGACCGGAAAAUGUGAGCUUGUUCUGGAGGGGCACACAGAAGCAGUGUGUUCAGCGUGCAUAUCGCCGGACUGUCGCUACGUUGCAACCUCUUCAGAAGAUGGCUCGUCCAGGCUUUGGUACGUGGACAGUGGCAGGUGCGCUCGAGUACUGCUGGAUCACAAAGAAGCCGUGUACUUCGCCACGUUUUCGCCUGACAGCAAGCAGGUGGUGACUGCGUCGGAGGAUUCCACUGCAAAAAUCUGGGUGGUUAAAACCGGAAUCUGCAAGUUCACCUUGAAAGGGCACCACUUCGCAGUGCUUUGGGCUACCUUCUCGCCUGACGGCAGAAGCGUGACAACCACGAGCAGCGAUGGUACACUGAAGAUCUGGAAUGCCAAGACGGGAGUGUGCGACCGGACCCUUUUAGGGCAGAAGCCAGUCUACCUGGCUUCCUUUGCAAGCGAUGGCACGACGUUUGUCACUACUAGUGGUGAUGCGACUGCCAAGAUUUGUGACCUGAUGACGGGAGAGGCCAAGAUCGUUCUGACAGGCCACGACUCGCUUGUACUGGGUGCUUCGUAUGCACCAUCGUGUCCGCAGCCAGAGUCUCACCAGAAGGAUGACACUGGCUAA